UAGAAACUAAAGAUAACCGAGAGGCCAGGCCUCAAGGGCAGAUAACAGGGAGUUAUAGUGGGGGAGUUUGGAAAGACAAAGGCCACUGGUAGAAUAAAGUCGAGCAUCAUUUUAGGCACUGUGCAAUGGUUUGGUAGUUUGCUUUAUCGGUGAGGACUGUAGCGUGAUUUUUCCAACAUGAAGCUUGAGGAAAUCUUGCCCCUUCUGGGGAACUUCGGCCGCUACCAGUUCUUCAUGAUCUGUUAUGGGGGCUUCUUGGCCAUGACAACCUGCAUAGUGACAUUCGGCCACGUGUUCUACGCUGCUGAGACGGACCACUGGUGCAGCGUAUUGCCCGAUGCUAAUUGCUCGAGCUGGCCGGAACUGCAAGAUAACUGCACCGAUGUGAAGAAGUCCAUCUUCCUGCCUCCUCCAGAGUCAAAUGACAGCAAAUAUCCUCACUCCAACUGCGAUCAGUGGGACUUGCCGGAUGGGUACGCGUUCGAUCCGUACGUGCCACCCACUGACGUCGACAAUUUCACUUAUUCUGCCGUGCCCUGCGAAAGUGGGUGGAUGUACGACACGUCGCAAUACAAGACUACGAUCAACUCAGAUUUUGAUCUGGUGUGCGACACAGAGAAUCUGCCAAGCCUUGCGCAGUCCAUCUACUUCGUGGGUUUCCUGGUCGGAUCGCUGGUGUGCGGCUCACUGUCUGAUUGGAUUGGUCGUAAGAAGGCGCUCUUUGUGGGUCUCAUCUCAUACGUAAUCGGUUCUCUUGUCACUACGUUUUCUGUCAACAUCUACAUGUACAUGGGUUUUCGUUUUCUCGCUGGUUUCGGCAAUAUUGGCACCUACAUUACCAUCUACGUGCUUGUUCUUGAACUUAUUGGGAAGCCUUAUCGUACCCGAGGUUCUCUGACACUUAGCGUGUGCUUCGCCCUGGGGUAUUUCGUGUUGGCACCCAUAGCGAUGCACGUCCACGAAUGGCGGACUCUGUGCCUGAUCAUGGCCUCGACGACGAUUCCCUUGUUCGUCCCGCUUAUAUUCGUCGAGGAAUCCGUCGUCUGGUUGGUUUCUAAGGGCAAGUUUGAGAAAGCUGAAGCGGCCAUCAGGCGGGUGGCCAAGAUGAACGAGAAGACUUUACCCGAUGUCUUAUUUGAAAAAGACGAUUUUGAAGAAGCAAACACGGGAUCGAACGAUUCAACCGUGCCACCAUCGGUAAUCGACCUGUUAAAAACUCCCAACAUGGCGGUCAAGACAAUCAACAUGAUGUAUAACUGGCUGGUCAACAGUCUGGUGUACUACGGCCUGUCGCAGAGCACUGGCGAUCUCGGCAUGAACGAAUACUGGGCUUUCUUCCUGUCCGGCGCUGUGGAGAUUCCCGGCAAGUUGUACGCCAUGUUUGGGCUGGACCUGUUCGGCAGAAAGUGGAACCUCGCAGUGCUUGAAUUGAUCGGGGGCGUGGCUUGUUUGGCCACGAUCUUUAUUCCUAUCGGUGUAUGGAGGACCGUGGUGUCAAUGCUAGGCAAGUUUUGCAUCUCCGUCACAUUUGGUACAAUUUAUCUCUACUCGUCUGAGCUGUUCCCCACACCAGUCAGAACUGCCGGAGUAGGUAUCUGCUCCGUGUCGUCUCGUGUCGGGGGCAUCAUCUCUCCCCUCAUCCUGUUGUUGGGAAGCGGUCCCUCUUCAGCUGUGUUUGGCUCCAGCGCCAUUUUAGCGGGACUUCUUGUUUUCUUUUUGCCGGAGACUAAAGGUCAAAAGCUGCCUCAGACGCUAGAGGAAGGAGAGGAGAUGGGCAAGUGUCGUUGCAUGAAAAGUGGUGUCGACAGUGAGUCAGUCGUCGAAAUGGACGGGAUCGACAAGUACAAGGACAGCGCCAUCGCGUUGUCCAACCUGGCCUUCGAUUCCAAGGAGGAGAAUAAAAGUGACUUUUCUCAGCAGUACGAUGCUAAGUCGACACGUAUCGACGACCUGAGGACCCCACAAAACAUGAAGCUCGAAGAAAUCACCGCCCUGCUCGGCAGUUUUGGCCGGUACCAGAUCUUUCUGAUCGUGUACGUGUACUUUGUAAGCAACAUAGGCUGUUAUGUGACUUUCGGUCAUGGGUUUUUCGCUGCCGGGACCGACCACUGGUGCUCAGUCUUACCCCACGAGAACUGCUCCAGCUGGCCGGUGUUCCAAAGAAACUGCACCGAGGUCAAGAGAGCUUUGUUCCUUCCUCCUUCCGAGGACGAGUCAAGCAUAUAUCCCUACUCCAACUGCAAACAAUGGGACUUGCCAGAUGGGUACGUGUUUGAUCCAUACACGCCACUCGGUGACGUCGACAAUUUCAAUUACUCUGCCGUGCCCUGCAAAGGUGAAUGGAUGUACGAUACAUCGCAGUACAAGACUACAAUCAUAUCAGAGUUAGCCCAGUCUGGAAUCCGCCUCCCCGGCCCUCCACACUUUUUGGACACCAUGUUAACUUAUCUUUCGUACUGUCUUUUUAGUUUUGUGAAGGAAUCUAUCAGUUGGCUGGUGUCCAAGGGCAAGCUGGAGGAAGCUGACGCGGUUAUCAGGAGAAUGGCCAAGUUCAAUAAGAAGACCUUGCCGGAUGUUCUUUUCGAUAAAGAGGAUGAUCAAAACGAAAUGGAAUCUAGGGAGUCGGCAAUACCUCCGUCCUUCAUUGAUUUGUACAGGACUCCCAACAUGGCGGUCAAGACAAUCAACAUGCAAUAUAACUGGUUGGUCAACAGUCUGGUGUACUACGGCCUGUCGCAGAGCACCGGCGAUCUCGGUGUGGACGACUACUGGGCUUUCUUUGUGUCCGGCGCAGUGGAGAUCCCGGCCCUGGGGUACGCGGCUUUUGGCGCGGAACGGUUCGGCCGGAAAUGGAAUACCGUGGUGCUGGAGCUCAUCGGCGGCGUCGCUUGCUUGGUAGCCAUCUUCAUUCCCAUUGGGAUCUGGCGGACGGUGGUGUCGAUGAUUGGCAAAUUCUGUAUCUCUGCCACAUUUGGUAUAAUAUACCUGUAUUCCAGCGAGCUGUUCCCAACACCUGUCAGGGCCAUUGGCAUUGGUAUGUGUUCCGUGUCGUCUCGCAUCGGUGGCAUCAUCUCUCCUCUCGUCCUGCUGUUGGGGCGCAAUGUGCCGUCAAUCGUGUUCGGAUCCAGUGCGAUUGUGGCGGGAAUACUGGUGUUCUUCUUGCCGGAGACAAAAGGACGCAAACUGCCCCAGACACUGGAGGAGGCAGAGGCAGUGGGAAACCACGGAUUUUUCGCUGCCGAGACCGACCACUGGUGCUCAGUUUUACAACACGAGAACUGCUCCAACUGGCCGGAGUUCCAAGACAAUUGCACCGAGGUCAAGAAGGCCAUGUUCCUUCCUCCUUCGGAAAACGAGUCAAGCAUAUAUCCGUACUCCAACUGCGAGCAAUGGGAUUUGCCAGAUGGGUACGUCUUUGAUCCCUACCUACCACUUGGUGACGCCGAGAACCUCACUUACUCUGCCGUGCUCUGCAAAAGUGGGUGGGUUUACGACACGUCGCAGUACAAGACAACAAUUAACUCAGAGUUUGACCUUGUGUGCGAGGACAAAGAUUUACCCAGCUUCAGUCAGUCAAUCUUUUUCGUGGGCGUUCUGGUGUCCUCGAUCAUUGCAGGAACGCUCUCAGACUGGUUUGGUCGCAAGAAAGCUCUGUCGGUCUCUAUGCUACUCUGGGCAGCUAGUUUCAUUGUCACUUCCUUUUCGGUUAAUGUCUACAUGUACAUGGCGUUCCGUUUUCUGUCUGGAUUCGGUUCCUACGGCGCCUGGCUUUCCGCAUAUGUCUUAGUGAUUGAGAACGUCCCCAAGUCUUGGCGCACAGCCGUGACCGUGUUAUUCGACAUAGCCUUCGCUGUUGGGUACCUCUUUCUGGCAACAGCGGCCAUGCACGUCAGAGAGUGGCGCCCUCUUUGUUUAAUUAUGUCACUCGUGACGAUUCCUCUACUUUUCCCUUUGCCUUUUGUGCAGGAAUCCAUCGGUUGGCUGGUGUCCAAGGGCAAGCUGGAGGAAGCUGACGUGGUUGUCAGGAGAGUGGCCAAGUUCAAUAAGAAGACCUUGCCGGAUGUUCUGUUUGAUAAAGAGGAUACACGAGAGGAAAUGGUUGAAAUGCAGGAAUUCAAGGAGUCAGGUCUACCUCCGUCCCUCAUUGACUUGUACAGGACUCCCAACAUGGCGGCCAAGACAAUCAACAUGCAGUUUAACUGGUUGGUCAACAGUCUGGUGUACUAUGGCCUGUCGCAGAGCACCGGCGAUCUCGGCGUGGACGACUACUGGGCUUUCUUCGUGUCCGGCGCCGUGGAGAUCCCAGCACUAAUGUACGCCGCUUUUGGCGUGGAGCGGUUCGGCCGGAAAUGGAACACCGUGGUGCUGGAGCUUAUUGGUGGCGUCGCUUGCUUAAUAGCCAUCUUCAUUCCCAUUGGAAUCUGGCGGACUGUGGUGUCCAUGAUGGGCAAAUUCUGUAUCUCUGCCACGUUUAGUAUAAUAUACCUGUACUCCAGCGAGCUGUUCCCAACACCUAUUAGGGCCAUUGGCAUUGGUAUGUGUUCCGUGUCGUCUCGCAUCGGUGGCAUCAUCUCUCCUCUCGUCCUGCUGUUGGGGCGCAAUGUGCCGUCAAUCGUGUUUGGGUCCAGCGCGAUUGUGGCGGGAAUAUUGGUGUUCUUCUUGCCGGAGACAAAAGGACGCAAACUGCCCCAGACGCUGGAGGAGGCUGAGGCAGUGGGAAACUUGAGGAAAUCUUGCCCCUUCUGGGGAACUUCGGCCGCUACCAGUUCUUCAUGAUCUGUUAUGGGGGCUUCUUGGCCAUGACAACCUGCAUUGUGACAUUCGGCCAUGUGUUCUACGCUGCUGAGACG